AUGUCAAACGACGACAAUUUAGCUAGAAGUAAUAGGAUCCUUCAAUACUUGCGUGAUGAACUGACGGUUGAUGUUGAUGAAAGAUUCAUGCUAAUGCUUAUGCAACAACACCAAAUGUUGAUGGAAGUAGGUAUGAGUUAUUUAGCAGGAAGAACACAUACGAGAACAUAUUUGGAUCGGGAGCGUGAAGUCGGACAUUAUCGUCUUUUCAAUGAUUACUUCUCUGAUCAACCAGUUUAUACCGAUGAAAUGUUUCGGCGAAGAUUUCAAAUGCGAAGAGAGUUAUUUUUGGGCAUUGUCGAAAAAUUACAAAAUCAUUCAGAAUAUUUUCCAUGGAGAAUUGAUGCAAUGGGAAGGAUGGACUUGUCGCCACUUCAAAAAUGCACGGCAGCUCUCCUUCAAUUGGCAUAUGGAGCCCCUUCCGACCAAUCCGAUGAAUAUCUAAGGCUUGCUGAAACCACUGCUAUCGACUAUUUGAUCAACUUCUGCAAAUGUGUAUAUGAAGUAUUUGGGGACCAAUACUUGAGAAGACCAACUGUAGCUGACACCCAACAUUUACUUGAAAUGCAUGAGCGAAGACAUGGUUUCCCUGACAUGUUAGGAUCACGUAAUGAUAUAAAUGUGCUUUACGAAUCACCUCUAUUCAACAAAGUUUUGGAAGGAGGUGCACCAGAGGUUUAUUUUACAAUAAACGAUACGACAUAUACUAAAGGAUAUUAUCUAACAGAUGGGAUUUACCCAACUUGGGCUACCUUCGUCAAGAGUUUUCCAUACCCAAAGGAUCCGAAGAGAAAAAAGUUCAAGGAAAGACAAGAGACUGCAAGAAAAGAUGUCGAGCGGGUAUUUGGAGUUCUCCAAGCUCGUUGGACAAUAGUCAGAGGUCCAGUACGAUAUUGGUCGAGAGAUAUAUUGAGGGAUAUCAUGUAUACGUGCAUUAUUUUGCACAAUAUGAUUAUUGAGGAUGAGGGGGAUGCAGUAUCUAAUUGGAUGGGAUAUGAAGAAAAUCAUCCGACGCGGGUAAAACAGGGCUUCACACCCGAAUUCCAAGAAUACCUCUGGAGAAAUUGUGAGUUGUGUGACAGUGAAAUACAUCAUCAACUUCGAGUUGACUUGGCUGAACAUAUAUGA